CCACCAGGCACAAGAUUUCUCGGCCAGCCAACCGCGCUCACCAGAAGUCCAGAACCACCGCUGCUUCGGGUCUCCAUCACCUGCCUGCGCCUGUGCCACACCCAGCUCGAGCGUCGCCAUGGCCGCCGCUGCUGCAGGACCAGGGCCAACCAGCGCCCCCGCGAAAGAGACGCUCCCGCCGGCCCUCGGCUCCACCUCCCAACCCCCUCCCGUCUUCGACGGCACCACCAGGCUGUACAUUUGCUACUUCUGCCCGUUCGCUCAGCGCGCCUGGGUUACCAGGAACUUCAAGGGUUUGCAGGACAAGAUCGAGCUGGUGGCUAUUGAUCUACAGGACAAACCAGCUUGGUACAAGGAGAAGGUUUACCCACAGGGCACGGUGCCUUCCCUGGAGCACAACAACGAGAUCAGGGGCGAGAGCCUGGACCUGAUCAGGUACAUCGACAGCAACUUCGACGGCCCGGCGCGGCUUCCAGAGGAUGCUGCAAAGAAGCAGUUUGCUGAUGAGCUGAUCGCGUAUGCCGAUGCGUUCACCAAGGCGCUCUACUCGCCCUUGAUGGCUCACGCAGAUAUGUCAGAUGAAGUUGUUGCUGCUCUGGACAAACUAGAAGCUGCUCUAUCCAAGUUCAACGACGGCCCAUUCUUCCUCGGCCAAUUUAGCUUGGCGGAUAUUGCAUACGUGACGAUUUUGGAAAGGGUUCAGAUAUACUAUUCCCAUCUUAGGAACUAUGACAUCGCCAAAGGCAGGCCCAACCUUGAGAGAUUCAUUGAGGAGAUGAACAAGAUCGACGCCUACACACAAACCAAAAACGACCCUCUGUUUUUGCUUGAUCUUGCCAAGAAUCAUCUUAAGAUCGCCUGAAGACGUGACAGCACAACAGUCAAUUGACGAGAGACACGUCAAUUUAUCAAUAUGAUGCUACUGCUUUGUUCAAUAAAAGAUGACAUAUUGUAAAGGGUUUAAUAUCAUUUCCUAAGUAACCUUUCUGUCCUUUUCAAAAAAAAUAAGUAUUACUUUGAAGAACAAUAAUGUCAGAUUGGCAUUUAUUGCUGAGGGGUUAACAGUAGAGUUUUUUUUUUUGGUGUUGUGUUGAGAUUGUAGCUAUCCUUUUCUUUUUCUUCUCAAGCAAAUCACGGCUUUGGACCUUUUACCGUCACUGUCAUUUUAUCAUCAUUGGCAGUUGUGUCAUAGCUAGAUUUUCGGCUAAUGGAAGAAGAACUUCGA